AUGGGGCUGCCCCUGCUGCUCCUGGCGUCUCUGCAGGCUGGUCACUGGGCACAGACAAAUCCAGAGCCUCUCUUUGAGAUGAAGCAACCAAGAGAACUCUCAGCCCCCGAGGGCGGCUCCAUUCACAUCCCCUUCUCCUUCUUUCACUCCUGGGCAUUAGCCAAGGAUCCCAACGUGAGAAUAUCCUGGAGAUGGAAACACUUCCAUGGGGAAUUCAUCUACAACAUGACCCCUCCAUUCAUCCAUAAGAAUUUCAAGAACUGGCUCUUCCUGAAUUGGAAUAAGGGUCAGAAGACCGGCUCCCUCUGGAUCUCACACUUGCGGAGGGAGGACCAGUCUGUGUACUUCUGCCACGUGGCAUUAGACACAAUGAGAUACGGCAAGCAACAGUGGCAGUCCAUCGAGGGGACCAAACUCACCGUCACCCCCGACACCAAAACAACCACCUGGGGUCCUAUCACCACCACCACCACAGCUGGCCUCGGGGGCUCAGAGGGCAAAAGGAGUUCCAAGUUGUGGUCCCUGACCAUGGAAGCUACAGUUGGGUUGGCACUGGCCAGCGUUGUGCUGCUCAAGAUCCCGAUCGUGGGACUGACUGUGUACCUUGGGUGGAAGAGAAGCAAAGCACAGGUGCGGGCAGCCUCGGGGUGCGUCCAGGCGGGGGGCGGUGUGUCAGCUCUGGUCCCAGGCCCUUCCCCGGGAGGCUUCAGCUGCUCCGGUCUCUGCAAGGAUGGACUCAGAGUAGGGCCAGGCAGAGAGGCGGGGAGGAGACAGGCCUCCGUGGACGGCUCAGUGACGCGCUGUUGGUCCUCCUACAGGAUGACGCUGGAGCCCCCAGUGCCUCCCUCACUGUCUCCAGCUUGA